AUGGGCAAGGAUAGAGUAUGGGCCGGGCUGGUUCUCCAGGGACGUUGGAUGUAUCCUGAUCUGCAUGGGGCUACACAUUCGGUGUCUAUACAUCACAUCCUGUUCCAGGGCAGAGCCAAUGACAGGCCAGCCAGGGGCUCUGUAUGUCCAUUUUCGAAGACACCGAGCCCAGGGCUGGUGAAGAUCACGAAGGGGUGUUUGCUCCGUACGUCGGUUCGCCCUCUAACAGAGAGGGCAGGGACUCCAAGGCAACCAAGAGGGGUACCCUCUGGACUCGGAUUCGACAUCUUUGUCUGUGCGCUGCAGCCCUUGCUUCGUAGGAUGCCGAAAACCUGGACAAGAGCCGGCAGUAUCGAAGCCAAUUGUAUCCGUGGCACAGCACCAUCUCGCGUGGCUGAUAAGAUGCGAUGCAUCCUCAUAUGGCCGAACUACUCCACUUUCAUGCAGUUCAAGACUCAAUUUCGGGUUCUUCAGCUGCGAGCUAUUAAUUUCGCUUGCUAUCGUGAAGCGCGUUAG